CGGAGCUGCUGAAGAGCAGCUGCACUGAUAGUUCAGUGUAAAGAUCUACAGUCACACACACAUCACAUCUGGAAGUGUGAAGCCGCUCUCUUCCAGCACUCGGCCUUCUGUUACUCAGCAGUCAUGUUGGUUUUACUCGCUGCCAUUUUCGUCCUCCACAUCGCCUGCAUCUGUCUGCUGCUGGCCGCCACAAUCCAUAACGCCUGGUGGAUGACCGACACAAUGUCCACUGAUAUUUGGGCUCGCUGGUCUCUGAUUGCUGGAAACUGGAACUACACUGAGCUUCCUGGCAUCUAUCCUAAAGAGUAUCUGCAGGCGGUUCAGGCCAGCUCUGUGCUCGCGUGCAUCUUCUGCAUUCUGGGCCUGUUCGUGUUUGUCGCGCAGCUCUACACACUACCUAAAGGAAAGCGCUUCCUGUUCACGGGAGCCUUCCAGCUGCUGGCCUGGUUGUGCAUCAUGAUCGCGGCAUCCAUCUACACAGACAUCUUCCAUAAAGACGAAAAACAGGGCUGGUACGGAGCCUCUUUCAUCCUGGCCUGGAUCUCCGUCUGUCUCACCUUCAUCUCCUGCAUCACCUACUUCAUCCUGCGCAAGAAAACGGCGUGAAGAAUACAAACACACGCAUGCACACACACACACACACACAAAGACCUCAUAUUUCCACCGUCUCUAAUAAACACACACAAAGUAGAUGUUUAAACACUCGUCAGAUGCCAAACACUCUUGCUGUCGAUGAUCCUCGGAUCUCAGAACUGCUCAGGUUGGUCUCGAGUGUCUCAAAGCAUCUGUAGAUCAACAUAUCUUAACCAAUAUAUAGCUGAAUGUAAUCUUAGUGAGAUUUGGUGUCUAAAUCGGUCAUCGUUUUGUUGUAAAUGUAAUGUUUUCACGAUAGUUUAACACUAGUCAUUGGUUCGGGCCGUUUUACGGUGUUCUGACGCAAGCGGCCCCGUUUAGCACUGUUACGGGUGAUUAUUCAAUUAGACUACCUGAUUAUUUGUUUCUAUGCUAUGUUUUUCUUUUGUGAUGUACUAACACUCAGAUCCACCCAACAGUGGAUCAGUACUUAACCAUUGAAAUGCUGAUCACUGCAAAAUAUCAUUACCAUCACAAAAUGAAACAAUUUGAUUAAGAUGAUGUUGCUUUCUUAAAUUAAAUCACAUCACAAGACAAAAGACACCAGAUUUAGAGACAUUUUCACCAGCAGUGUCCAUUGAGUUGGCAAUGACUCUUUGUUUUGGUGAUCAAGUUUGGUCAUAAGUUAAGAAAUUCUGAAAGACAAGAGUUUUUUUUUUUUUUUUUUUUUU